UUCUCCAUCUCCAUUAAAAUCCUCUUUUCCAAUACGGACACAAGGAAUAAGAGUCGUGAGCUUUAUCCACGCUUUUUUUUAAAUUAUUAAUUUAUAUUUAUAUUUAUAUAUAUUUACUUAUCCUGAUGAGAAUAAGCGCGAAAAGAGACAAAGCGAGCAUAACCGAUCCCGAGAAAGGAUACCCUCGAGGCCGAUAAAAAGAAGCCACCGCACCCUCCUCUCCUUCAUCUUCGCGUUUAAUCCCGCCCAAAUUCAAGGGCGAAAUCGGUUCCGAUCGCCCCCAAUGCCCUCGAUAUCGUGCUGAUCCUAGGGUUUUUCGGUUUUGAGGGAUGGGGAAGGCCGAGGGGGCGGCUGCGGCGGCGGCUGCGGCGGCGGUGGUGGCGGCGGCGGCGGCGGUGGUGUGGCGGAGGAGGAGCGGGGGAUGGAGGGCGGAGGAGAUGGCGAGGGAGCUGGAGGAGCGGUGCGCGGCGCCGGGGAUGGAGGGGCUGCGGCGGAUCGCCGGAGAGAUGUCGGCGGAGAUGGCCGCGGGGCUCGCCGAGGACGGCGAGAGCAAGGUGAAGAUGCUCGUCACCUUCGUUGAUAACCUCCCCGCUGGGAGUGAGAAAGGACUGUUCUAUGCUUUGGACCUUGGAGGAACAAAUUUUCGUGUAUUGCGUUUGCAACUGGGCGGAAAAGAAAGACACAUUGUUAAACAAGAAUCCCGGGAGGUUUCUAUUCCGCCACAUUUGAUGGUUGGAACCUCUGCAGAGUUAUUUGGAUUCAUUGCAUCUGAGUUAGCGAGGUUUGUUGAUUCCGAAGGAGGAGAUUUUCGCCUACCAGAGGGUAGGCAGAGAGAAUUGGGGUUUACAUUCUCAUUCCCAGUGAGGCAAUUUUCGAUUGCAUCUGGCAUUCUUAUCAAGUGGACAAAGGGCUUCUCUAUCGAGGAUGGGGUAGGGGAGGAUGUUGUGGCUGAAUUGACUAAAGCAAUGGAAAAGCAAGGUGUUGACAUGCGAGUGGCGGUACUGGUCAAUGAUACUGUUGGAACAUUGGCUGGAGGCAGAUACCAUGACGAAGAUGUUGCCGUCGCUGUGAUAUUGGGUACUGGAACAAAUGCAGCAUAUGUCGAAAAAGCACAUGCAAUUCCAAAAUGGAAUGGACUCUACCCAAAAUCGGGAAAUAUGGUUAUCAACAUGGAAUGGGGAAAUUUCUGGUCUUCUGAUCUACCUAUUACAGAAUACGAUCAGGAACUAGAUGCUGAAAGUUUAAACCCUGGAGAGCAGAUUUUCGAGAAGUUAAUUUCGGGGAUGUAUCUGGGGGAAAUUGUAAGAAGAGUACUGCUGAAAAUGGCCAAAGAAGCUGCCCUUUUUGGUGAUACUGUUCCUGCUAAGCUCAAAACUCCUUUCAUUCUUCGAACACCAGAUAUCUCUGCCAUGCACCAUGACACGACACCUGAUCUCAAGAUUGUGGAGAAAAAAUUGAAGGAAAACUUAGAGAUCACAAACACUUCAGUAAAGACGAGGAAAUUAGUUGUGAAAGUGUGCGAUAUAAUCGCCAAACGAGCAGCCAGGCUGGCGGCAGCCGGGAUAGCUGGAAUACUUAAGAAGCAAGGGAGGGAUACACGCGGAGAUGGCGAGAAGAGGACGGCAGUUGCGAUAGAUGGAGGAUUGUUCGAGCACUACAAGGAAUUCAGAGAGUGCUUAAAGAGCACCCUGGAAGAGCUUCUCGGAGAGGCCGCUUCACGGUCGGUCGUCGUCAAGCUAGCAAAUGACGGCUCAGGCAUCGGGGCAGCCCUCCUCGCCGCCUCUCACUCACAGUACAAUGAGCUCGAAGAGUAGUAAUCAGAAACAGUUUUUUUUUUUUUCUAUAUUUAAACCUAUUCCUAAAGAAAAAUAAAAGUCGACUUGCGAGUUCCGCUCACUGGACAGUGGCUUCAAAUAUUGUGUUUUGUAUCGGCAAUCUCCUCCCUACUGCUGAGUUUAUAGUGUUGUAUCCUUGUGAUGAUGUACGUACCCUAAUAAAUAAUCGCAAAAGAGAGAAAGAAGCGAUUGAGGAUGCUAUACAACUUGGGCCUCCUAAAUUUCCCAAACUCCUUUAGUACCGAAGCGUUGUAAUUUAGCUGUGUAUGUUUCCUCAAUCUAUACAUUUAAUCAUUGCUUUACCUCCUA